UUGAUCUAGAGUCUAGAUCAAACGCUCUAGAUUCUAGAGCGUUUGAUCUACACCGAUUGAGUGGUUCUAGAGUCUAGAACCACUGGCGGGAAUGUCUAAUUGACAUUUUCCACCCUUUUUGGUUAGGAAUCAUCUCAGAUUUCAAAGCUUGCAGGACAUAAACAGAGCCAUACCCUGCUCCUGCUAUAUUUAGAAAACUUAAACCAUCACUGUUAUGUAAUAUGUAAUGUAUGCGACCAAAAUAAGAAGCUUGGGGCUUCUUUUCAGUGUGAGCUAUUUGCUGCUGCAGAUCAGUGACCUUUGAGGGGGGAACCUGCCUGAAAGCUGAAGAGCUAUAGAUGGGCUUAACCCAGAUGAUCAUAUGACAGACACGAGUGAGGAAUGGGGAUGUUUGCUAGAUUAAUGAUCAUUCCAGUUUUAUAAGGAGGAGUGUUGAUGGUUUUAAGAUGAAAAGACACAUUGUGAGGUAAAUUUAUCCACUGAACAUCUGAAAGACAUAAUGUAUUUUUGUGGUAUUAAUCCACAUAAGCUAAAAAAUAAAGUAAAGAAAGCAAACAACCAAUCAAUCAGUUUUUCAAGGUAUAUUCGUUCAAGCAUUCUUAAUAACUUCAGGGUCGUCGGUGUCUCUGAGCUUUCGAAGUUCUCUGCCUCUUCAUGUAACCCCAGACUGACUGAUUGACUGAUGUUCAGACUGAGGUUUUUCAGGGAACGUAUCUAUUGCAGAUACUUUUGGUCGCCGAAGAUAGAAUUUAUGACUGCCUUAAGCUCACUUUCUUGCAGCAGCUUUGAACUGGGACAUAUCUCAUCUGCACUGCAACGUAUCCCAACUGGAAUUUGAGACAUUCCUUUAACCUUUUCAGUAACUGUUGCAAUAAGAUAAAAUGUAUAAAUCAAUGUUAAACCUAUGAAUACCUGAUGUUCAGCGGCCCUGAAUGACACUCAUGUACACAAGCCCAUCAGUCAUGCCUACGACAGUGACGACAGCAGCGUCGACCAACAACACAUCUCCCAAGUUCCCUCUUAACCUUGGAUUCAAGAUGUUUCCUCUGACGUCAAGUUGGUAUAAAAGCUCUUUUUUUUUGAGAGGCAAACUCAUUAAAACAAUGUUAAUUCUUGAGUUUAGUGUCUAUGUAACCGGGGAGACUCUCUAAUAGUCAAUGAGAGUCAUAAAUCCAUCCAAAUGUUGCCUCUAUUGUUGUUAGGCAUGCUUGGAGUGGGACAAAAAAGGUCACAUCGCAUGUGGACCAAUUGGUAUGGGGAGUUCUCAGAGAUGGAGGAAAAAAAUCCAAGGAAGGAAAAAUGUGGGAAGAAGUUUUAAGCGCACAGUUUAGGAUAGGUGAAAAAGUUUAGUCCAAAACUCAAACAAAAGAAACCUCCAAUCAUUCUAUGGCUGCUUUUGUUAGAGUAAUUAACAUUUAACAUGGUUUUCUGGGCUUUUAAGAAACUCUAUAGUAGCUUAACAUAAAGCUUCCUGUAAAAUUCUCAGAUUCUCCGUUUGGACAUGUUUUUUUUCCCCCAGUCACCAAUGUUUGAAAGCAUUCGGGUUCAAAGCCAUUCACUUGAUGCCAUAUGACAGCGGAGAAGAGGAGGUGUUGUCGUUUGUGUCCUGCCCCCUCCAAAAGCUGGAGGUAUGACAUCAACAGCAAUAAUGAAAGCAGCUCAUCAACAACUGGAUACCGGGGCUAUAAAAGGAGCCCGUGGAGUCCAGUGCUUAUCAUAACUAAUAGGAGCUAACCACCAAACCAGACUGGCUCGCUUAAGAGACUAUAGCACCAUAUUUUAUCUUUCAUCACACUGAGGAGAAGGAGGCAACCCCACCACAGGUAUGUUCAUUUCGACCUGUCAGUUCCUAAUCAAGUGGAGGCCAAAUGCCUCAAAUCCGAUAGGGUUACUCUUUUGUAUCUAAGAACAAUAAUGCUUUAUAUUUCAGUAUAUGAUAUACAUGUGAAGCUAAUUCUAAUUUGCUCACUCAUUCAAGAGGUAGCUUGCCUUUAAGCGUUCUCAAUUAAGCAAAAUUUAGGGGAAAGCAUGGUUUUGAAAAAGUCUAUUUGUUUCAACAGGUUGUAAAGGUCAACAUGCAAAACAUGGACUUUAAAGUUCUCUUCAUCUUCUUCUGUGUUGUACACCUUUCCAUUUACUGCCAAGGGCGUCCUCUCAGUAAAAGGACAGUGAGCGAAGUGCAGCUCAUGCACAACCUGAGACACCACCAGCAGGUGCAGGAGCGCCGCGAGUGGCUGCAAACUAGGAUCCAGGACAUCCACAAUGCUGCGGGCCGGGCCAGCAGUGGAGACACGGAGGGCUGGAAGAGAAGAUUACAUCCUGAGGAGUUGACCGAGCUGACACCAGAGGAGAUAAAGGAAGCUUUGGACUUUCUGGAGAACCUCCUCAAAUCAAAGCAGUGAUGAUUUGUUUUUUUUAAUCUAUUUUUUUUAAUUUGACAGUUAACAUAACAUUUCCAACAUCUUAGAUUUAAACAGUUAUAUUCUGCUUUUGAGUUUAUUUCUUGUUUUAUUAGUUUUUUUUAUCUGUUUUUUUAUUGCUUAUUUAUUCAACUUUAUUUAUGACAUUUUUAUUUAUGAGACAGUGCCUCUGUUAGGCAGAUCUUCCGUUGUAGCUGCACUUUUAUUGAACGACUUGUUUUUUUAAAAAACAUGAAGGAGUUAGUCUGAACUGGACCAAUUAUGUGUUUUGUUUUUUUUUUGUUUGUUUUUUGUAUAUUUUGUGCAGACAAAGCCCUAAUGUUGGGUUUAUCAAGGUUAAAUGUGUAGUCUGUUGUUUUUGUGCAUGUUGCCUACUCAUUAAAUGUUUGAUAUGCCAUCUGAUUGGGCUGAAACAUAGUUAGCCCUCUGUAGAUAGCCUGAUAAGCUGUACUUAGAAAAAAUAAAAUUUUUGUAUUUUUAUAUACUAUAACAAUGCCAUUGUAAAGCACAAUGUUGUGUUUAAAAGAUGAGUCUAUAGUGAUAUGGGAGAGGUAAAAUAAAUUUUUAAAAAAUC